GGAAUAAUCAAAUUUUCUUAGGACAGUCUAGUGGUAUAAGUAAUUCAACAAAAAUCAAUGGCGAAACUGCUACCGCUACUUCUGCUCUUGCUGAUCUCAUUCGCCGCAGCGCCUUCCUGCUCCGGGAAGGGAAUUCCUAAAGUCUUAUGGAACGCCAUCAAACCCAUCGGGCGCGCCAUCUCGGAAAUCUGGAAAGACGAUCAUCGCGGCCCCGGCAGCAACGUCCAGUCGACGGACGUCCUCCAAACCCAGCUCUACGCCAGCGGCGGUUCGUUCCUCAUGGAGCUCGCCAUCGGCACGCCGGCGAUCCAGUACUUGCCCAUAAUGGACACCAGCAGCGACCUCAUCUGGACGCAGUGCCGGCCCUGCCUCCAAUGCUUCUCCCAGCCCACGCCGCUGUACUACCCCUCCCAGUCCUCCACCUACGUCCCCCUGCCCUGCAGCAACGCCUCCGACUGCAGCUACUCCUAUACCUACAGCGACAGCUCCUUCACCCAAGGCGCCCUCGGCAUCGAGACGUUUACUUUCGGGUCGGCGGCCGUAUCCGGCGUCGCUUUUGGUUGCGGCAACAACAACAGCGGAGACUUCGCCAACUCGUCCGGGAUCGUGGGGAUGGGGAGAGGGAGCUGGUCGCUGGUGUCCCAACUCGGCUACGGGAAUUUCUCUUACUGUCUCACGUACGACGACCCCGACACGAGUCGUCUGCUUCUGGGCACCAUGUCGACGUUAAGCGCGCAGGCUCAAUCCACUCCGUUCGUCACCAACCCGUCGCUGUAUUUCCCCUCCUCCUACUACCUAUCAUUGCUGGGGAUCACUGUCGGCGAGACCAUGCUUCCGAUACCGAGCACGACCUUCUCAAUCGCGGCGGACGGGACCGGGGGGCUGAUCAUCGAUUCCGUCGCUACCGUGACCAUGCUGGUGGACCCGGCUUAUGCGGAGUUGAAGCGAGCGUUCGAGUCGCAGAUGAAUCUGUCCGCGGCGGAUGGGUCGGCCUACGGGCUCGACAUCUGCUUCACGUACGGCGGCGAGGAUGUGCAGGUGCCGAGAUUGGUGUUUCACUUCGAGGGGGCGGACAUGGAUCUACCGCCGGAGAACUACAUCGCGGAGGAUUCAAGCGUGGGGUUGCUGUGCGUGGCGGUGGUGAGGUCGGAUUUCAAUUUGUCCAUCCUUGGCAACUUCAUGCAGCAGAACAUGCACGUGCGGUAUGAUCUCGUCGGCGAGAGGCUGUCGUUCGAGGCGGCGCCGUGCGACCAGCUGAUGUAGGUUGCAUGUCGGGCGACGUCUUAUCGUUUCACCGUGUUUUGGGUUUGCGACCAGCUGUCGUUUGCGCCCAUGAUAUAUCUGUUAUAGAAUAAAUAUCCGGUGAAACACUACCGUAUUGUAUUUGUGUGAUGUAAUAAAUAUAUAUAUCUAGUUAA